UGCCCACCGUCAAAGAAGAGUAGAAACGGGAAAAAAUACGCUUCUUCGUUCUACUUCAGACGAAAGUGGGAUCUGAUCUAAAGCUGUCGCUGAUGAUGAAUAUUGGGGCUACAAAAUCGAUAUAGAAACUACAAAAACACCCUGAGGACUGAAUAAGCUUUGAGGAUAAGCCUGAAAAUUCAGAGAAAGAACAUGCUUGUAUAAUGCGCAAAAAUCGCAAUUCGAUUGGCGCGGGGAAGCCCCUGCUGCUCCUUCUUUUUGCAGGCAGCUGCAGCACUACAACCAGUUUGGGGCGCGAAACUGUGUCUACUUCUUCCGCGAGGAAUGCUGAUGCUGAUGAAAGAACCCCGGACGAAAUGAAGGCCGGCGUGGGCCUGCAUGACACGCCUUCCUCGGUGCCGCGACGUACGCAUCAUAGUGCUUUGCGCGGAGGGCUUCACCGAGCUGGUGCUGGUUUGACGGAUCAGGAAAUAACAUCUGCAGGCAAUCCGGGAGGUGUGGCGAAUGGUGGUGCAAUUAGAAUUGUGCCAGCAACCUUUUCCAUCUCCGAAUCAGGGGAGCACGAGCAGGACAAGAAUUGGCGGAGCACCGCAGCCGACGCUCGUGUUGCUACUUUUCCAUCAGUAGAGCUUGGCUCCUUGUCCUCCACCGCGUUUCUGGAAGAUCACAAGACGGCCGCGGGUGCGGACAUCGAACAAGCCGCGGUGCGGGACGGGGCGGAUCAUCCAAUUGCGAGCGAGGACGCACACGCAGUGGACGAGAUGGACGAGGAAAGGUUGGUGAGCAGCAGCCCGCACGAAGAAGAGCAUGUCGAAAUUAUGGCGCAUCCCGCACAAGAUGCAGCCGUUCGACCGGCAGGGCAGGAGCAAACAGGUGCUGAUGAACAAGUGGGAGGUAAGUACGAAAAGAAAAAUUUGGAGGCAAACAUUUUUUUUUGCACCACAUGGCCAGUCUGCUGAUCGCACCAUGAUGUGGUUACCAUUUGAUAUAAUGUCGGCUGCAUUUAUUAUUCAUGGAAUUGACAGUCGAGAGAUUUUUGCGCUUGAUUUGCCUCUUGUUACAACAGGUGAUGGAGAGGGAACAAGCGGGAAAAACAUAAACACGACCGACAGCGGAGCAAUCCCAAUCGCGAUCGCAGGAGAACGAGAACCGAAAGCCUCCGCACAACAGCAACAAGCGCUGGAUAAAAAUCUUCUUCCCGAUGUAGAACAACCCGUGUCGACCACAGCAGCUUCCCUGGUUGAACAGAUGGGGCGCAUGGAGGCGCGGUUUCAAAAAUUGGAGUGGGAGCACGAAGCCGAGAUCGCACGACGGAAGAAGGCGGAAGCGGUCGAGGCGCAGUACCGGAAAAUGACGGAUUCCCGGUUCUACAAUGUGCGGAACGUGGACGUAACGAGCGAGUUUUAUCCACUGCAAAUAUGUCUGGGUCUGGAAGAGUCGGGGUUUGUCAUGCACGUUUUGCAUGAUCCGUGAGAUUAGUGAUGCAGGUCCUAGCAUCACAGAUUUUUUGAGAGCUUCUUGAUGCGUAUCACGCAUGAGAAAUGCUCUACUCUCCGCGUGCCAGGAACUGGACUCCUCUUGUUGCUCAUGCAACACAGAUGUUUUUAGAAUUCGCAGACAGCAUUACAAGUUCCACUCAUCCAGACCCAGACAUUUUUGCAAUGCAUAAGUUUAUGGUGCAGACCAUGUUUGGCCACGAGAUCGACCUGAUCCAGCAGGUAUGAAUUGCAAAUAUGUCUGGGUUUGGAAGAAUACAAACUUGUGAUGCGCAUUUCAGAAGACAGAAAAAUCUCUCAUGCAUUGGUAGCAAAAGGCGCCUGCUUUCUGUCACCAAAGUGGGGGACUUGUCAUGCGGAUUCGGCAUUGCGGAAGCUUCUCGAAACCUGUGAUGCUGGAGCUUCCAUGCCAGACCUUCUGUGUCAUGCAAAAACAGCACGGCUCUUCCAGAUCCAGACAUUUUUACAUUUGAUAGCAGGAUUUCACCAUCGCGCUCGUGUUUCUCUCCGUCGGGUACCUGGCCGUGCUCAUCGGGAUUUGUCUCCCCAUAAGUCUGGUGUUUAACCCGACGCGCGUGUACCACGAGGCCGGUGGGGGCUUUGUGAAAAUGGACGACAGUAGCACGGAUGAACAUCUUCAAGACGAGGGUCUUCACCAUUUCACUGCGGGACAAGAAAAUGAAGCAGGUGGCACUACGCCGGCGGCGAAUGAGGUGGAAGAACAUUUGUACUACCUCCUGCCGUACGACUUUGUCUUGCAAGGAACCUUGUCCUCGAUCACGCAAGUGCACGGGUCGGCCGAGGGGAAAAUUUGGACGGCCUGCUUGGUGGUGUAUUCGGUGAUGGCGAUUUUCAGCCGAUACACUUUCAAGGUGCACCAAACCUGGUUAUAGCGGGCACAGAAUCUUAUUUUUUCGAUAAUUAAAAAGAAAAAAACGUUCAAGGUAUUUUUUAGGCUUAAACGCCUUGCUACGCUAUGCAAAACCUAGUUAGUUUUCUAUCGAGGAGCAACAAGGUAGGUAUGUUUAACUAGCUAAAGAGAAGUCCACCGACGGCAUAGGCGGAGAUGCAGCUCUGCGGAUUCGCCCGAAUCCGCGCAGCAACAGGUCGCGGAAGCUGGCGCGGGGACUUCUCUUUAGCUAGUUAACUAACUACCAAGAUUGCUCCUUCUUUUGUGAUAGAAAAACAUAAUCUGUAAUGCAUGUACACAAGCUGCGGCAAAAAAUAUCUUGAACGUUUUUUUUUUAAUUUCUGAAAAAAUAAGAUUCUGUGCCCGCUAUACUGGUGCACCGCCAGUGACAACGUGUACGAAAGCCGGAAUGACCAGCUGGCCUUCGCCAUGGGGUUACCCGACUCGGAGGCGCCGUUGCGGGUGCUGCUGCGCAUGCUCUGGCUGCUGGUGCCGAACUUCUGUCUGAUUCUGGUCGCGGCCGCCCCCUCCACGACCUACGACCACGACGACGAGGAGGAUCUUGCCUUGGAUCGCGCAACAGCCCAGUCCACCAAAACCGGUAGUUCCACCUCGAACGCUAUCAACUGUAAAAAUGUCUGGGUCUGGAAACUUGUGAUGCUAAAAUGUCCAUGAUGAAAACACUUCCGAAUACAGUCCGGCAUGACAACUUCCCAUAUCGCUUUCUCAUAGGCAAUCCGCAUGAGAGGCUGCGUUUUUGCAUCACAAAAGAGGCUGCGGCUUUUGUUGGUUAUGCAAUACAGAAUUUCUAGGUAUGGAAAGCUAGCAUUACAAGUUCCAACCUUCCAGACCCAGACAUUUUUACAAUCCAUAAACGCAGAAAAGACGCAGCACGCACAGAAGUCGCACAAAACACGGACCCAAAAAUAUCACAGUGAAAAAUGCCCCCCACCCCUGAAAUUGCAACAAUUUGUGAUGCGAAGUUUCCAAAUGAAAGCUUUUUGUCAUGCAUGAAAGGAGUAAGAAUCUCUCUGAUGCAGAUUCUAGUCGUGUUUCGCAUCGCUUGCAUGACAAGCACCGCUCUUGCUGGGAUCUUUUGCAAUACAAAUUUUUGCUAUUCACGAUCGGAAAUCUGUGAUGCUGAUACACGCAAGAGGGCGAAUGUUUCAUUUGGAAAGAUUUGCAAUACAAAUGCUUUCAAGUAGUUCGGGGGUGGGGGCAUUUUUCAUUGUAAUAAAAAAUGGUUGAUCUUCAUGCACCGCGCGGCCGCCCCGAUUGCGAUCCUGGCCAUCGUCUUCUUUGAGAGCUACCAAUUGUGCAUCGGCGAGGGCAUCGACAUCGGCGCGGCCCUGUUCGGGUUCUCGACGGAGAGGCAGGAAGAAUUGCGUUUGCAAUUCUACUUCCAGUUUUUCGUCUGCGGACCCGCCGAUCUGCGUCUGUUCCACCACCCAAAGUACUACUUUGCGCGAGGCCUCUGGCUGGUUUUCUCCUGGGUUUUCGCUGCUGGCUUUCUGGGGUUGGCGGUCACACUCAAAUUCAAGUCAGACCGCGCGAAAAAAGAAGCACGUCGCGUCAAGCUAUUAGCGAGCAACAGUGGCUUAGACCAGGACGGCGUAGAGAAGUCGGAAGGGCUGGAAGAGCCGCAAGUCUUGGAUUCUAUCAAGCGCAGAUAUCUAUCUGGGUCUGGUGAAAAAGUCGAAAUUUGUCACGCAGCUUACGCAUGACCUCCCAGAGCAGAAGAUCUGGCGUGCGGCUUUGGCAUCAGAAGUUUUGAUAUUAAGGGUCCUCAAUUCUUACUCCGCGUGAGAAAUGUUACCUUCUGGUAUCACCAGAAUUUUUGGGCGCUUUUGCUGGUCAUGCAAUCUUCAAUACAGACUUUUGUCGUGUCGAUGAUCAGGCCUAGCGUGACUCUUCCAGUAGACCCAGACCACAUAUUUGCAAUGAAUAAAUCCCAAGUCCUUCGGACCUUUGGUGCGACGUGCGGGAACCAACCUGUGGCUGCCGCGGACGGUUUUCGUGUUUGAGCUGCUCUGCAUGCUGUUUUCCUUUUCGUUGCCCUUUGUCGCGUCCGUCCGGCCCAUGCUGGAUGACAGACGCAUUGCCGAGGAUUGGCGUUCGUCCGCUUUCGAGCUCCGAUCCCUGUUCGUCCCAACGGCCACGAAAGUGAGCAAAAUGUACUGGUACUAUUGGGCGGGGCGCCUACCGCCCUGUGGUUUUUACUCCGAUUACAUUACGCCGGAACGCAUCGAUAUCAAAUGUAAAAAUGUCUGGGUCUGGAAGAAUGGAACUUCUCAUGGUAAAUCUGAAGCAUGCAAAAAUCUGUGUUGCAUGAUUACCAAAAGUCGUCCAGUUUUGACCAAGUCGGGAGGGAGUUUCUCAUGCAGGAUAGGCAUGAGAGAGAUUGCGCGGAAUCUGUCAUGCUAGGUCCUGCAUUCCAGGCUUCAUGGGUCAUUGAAAAGCUGCAUGACAAAUCGCGCAUUCUUCCAGACCCAGACAUUUUUACAUUUGAUAAUCGACCCUGCAGUUUGCGAUGAGCAUCUGGAGUGGUUCAAGGAGCCGAGUGACGAAGCGGGCCGGGAAAUACGACGGAGAGGGGAGGAGAAUUUGAUCAAUGGGGCUGACGAGCAUAAUCUGCUGAAAGAGGAAAUAAAUCGGUUUCAGCAGCUCAACCAAUCUGUAGAUGUAGAAGCACGAGCGGGGCCUUUGGGAGCGAGUGUGGUCGGGGAGGUGGGAGAUGAGGCUGGAGGAACGAGUCCAGCGACCGCGGCGCAGGACGCCGUAGUCCUGGUGGAACAGUAGAAGAAGCAGAUGAGUAGCGAAAAACCUUGUACCGUGGUACGAAAAAGGAUAAACAACACAUUUUGGAUUUCAGCUUUAUUGUAGUUUACCCGAGGAAUAAUGUAAUGUAUGAAGUAGAUGAAGACGAAAAUUCGAAAAAGUAGAGCAGUUUCAAAUACCGAUCGCAGGCUUGGUCGCACGUUCUUGCUCGUGAUUUGUAAAUAAUGCAGUGACAAGAAGAAGAAGUUGAAUGGCAGUUGCAAUAAAAUUUAACCGAGAGCGUGCGUGCAUACAUUCCAGUUGAAAUUUUGAUUAGGCUCACAGCUGGUGUAGAAGAGGAGUUUAUUCCAGCCGUAGAUCUUUCAGCAGGG